GAAAAUCCAGCAAACAUGAAAGAGUCCUAUACACUUGCACAGAAUGCUGCGACGACAGACAACAGCCCUCAGGACAGGUUUAGGGCCGUCUGGCUGAUCUUUUUCAUACUCGGCCUGGGGACACUCUUGCCAUGGAAUUUUUUCAUGACAGCUACAAUGUACUUUACCAGCCGCCUGGGGGAAUCCCAGAACACAUCCUCUGUCGACCGUGUUGCUGAUGUAAAUGUCACAGGGAGGGGGGCAGAUCCUCCUCCCACAUACCUUCAGUCCAUAUUCAACAACGUGAUGACCAUCAGCGCCAUGUUGCCUCUCCUCAUCUUCACCUGCCUCAACUCCUUCAUCCAUCAGAGGAUCCCUCAGCAAGUACGGAUCGUAAGCAGCCUGGUUGCCAUAUUCUUGGUCUUUAUGGUAACAGCUAUCCUGGUAAAGGUCUCUAUGGAGCCGUUGCCUUUCUUCACCAUCACCAUGCUCAAGAUAGUCAUCAUCAAUUCUUUUGGUGCCAUUCUUCAGGGCAGCCUUUUCGGACUGGCGGGGCUCCUGCCUGCCAGUUAUACAACGCCUAUUAUGAGCGGCCAGGGCCUUGCGGGGACAUUUGCAGCUCUGGCCAUGAUCUGUGCUAUCGCCAGUGGCUCUGAAAUAGCAGAUUGUGCCUUUGGUUAUUUCAUCACAGCCUGUGUAGUGAUCCUGUUGGCCAUUGGCUCCUAUAUGGUGUUGCCUCGUCUGGACUUCUUCCGUUACUACUCCAUGAAGGACAAGACAGAGUAUCAGACCCAUGAGAACCAUUCUGAACUGGAAACCAAGGUUGAUCUUAUAAGGAAAGAUGAGCCCAAUGGUGUAGAACCAAAGAACCCUGCAAAUGUGCCAAACCACGAGUCCUCAGUCCUCAGCAUCUUCGGAAAGAUCUGGGUCAUGGCUGUGUCCGUCUGCUUAGUCUUUACCAUCACUAUUGGAGUUUUCCCAUCUGUCACCGCUGCAGUAACAUCAACCAUUGCUGGGGGAAUAAUCUGGGCUAAAUAUUUCAUCCCAGUCUCUUGUUUCCUGGUGUUUAAUGUCUUUGACUGGGCCGGACGGAGCCUGACAGCUGUUUGCAUGUGGCCUGGAAAGGACAGCAACCUGCUACCCUUCAUGGUUGGGCUCCGUGUGAUCUUCAUCCCCCUCUUCAUGCUGUGUAAUGUGCAGCCUCGCGCAAACCUGCCUGUCUUCUUUGCCCACGAUGCCUGGUACAUCAUCUUCAUGAUCUUCUUCUCCAUCUCCAAUGGCUACCUGGCCAGCCUCUGCAUGUGCUUUGGGCCCAAGAAGGUGUUACCACACGAAGCAGAGACUGCUGGAGCCGUUAUGGCAUUCUUCCUUUCGUUGGGCCUGGCUUUGGGGGCGGUCUCCUCCUUCCUCUUCAGACACGUCAUCUAG